CAAACCGAACCAGUCGACACUCGACAGCCGUUGCCUAUAUACGAGUCUACGACAGUCUGUGCGGUGCUGAUGCAGCUGAGCAGUCGUCUGUGGUAGACACUACAUAAUCAGUGCGUGGUGUUCCACAGCAGCAAAAUCUAAACUUACAGUAGAGCUGCAUGGGGUCGAUUUAACAGUAUAUCUGACUAUCGGAGUGGCCCGCUUUAUUCAUCGUUUACUUAGCAGACUUCAACGACAGCAUGGACUCGAUGCCCUCGUUGGAGACGGUCUACCAGGCCGUCUAUUCGCUUUACAACAACCCGGACACUGCUGAAAAGGAACGAGCGUCGCAAUGGCUGGGCGAACUUCAGAAAUCGGUAUAUGCAUGGAAAAUUGCAGAUGAAAUGCUGCAGCAGAAGAAGGAUUUGGAAUCAUGCUACUUUGCAGCACAAACAAUGAGAACAAAAAUUCAACAGUCCUUCCACGAGUUGCCUGUGGUAUCACAUGUUUCACUUAGGGAUUCUCUUUUGGAUCACAUAUCACAGAUUAAUAAAAACACAAAUGCUAUAAUAGUUACUCAGCUAUGUCUAGCACUAGCCGAUUUAAUUUUACAAAUGGCUUCCUGGCAAGAACCGGUAAUAGAUUUACUGCAAAAAUUUGGUGAUAACCCCGCAAGUCUAUGGCCUCUUCUGGAAAUUUUAACAGUCUUACCAGAAGAAGUGAAUUCUCGUUUCUUGAGGUUGGGUGCUAACAGAAGGCAGAAUAUUGUCACAAAUUUCACUAAUAAUGGGAAUGGAGUCUUAGAAUUUCUGACCGUCUGUUUAAAGAACAUCGAUGAUGCACAAAUAUAUGUAAGGGUACUAAGGUGCUUUACUAGUUGGAUUACGAUACACGCAAUAUCUCUUACUACUCCACUAUUUAACACUAUCAUUACAUUGGCUUUUGAAGUUUUAAAAAAUAAUAUGACAGGGUCUCAAUUGCAUGAAGCUGCAGCCGACUGUGUAUCUAUAGUAUUACAAGUCCUAGAGGAAGAGACACUCAGAAACAGAGAUCCACAUACUGGAGAUCCAGUUGCUUCUCUACAGCAAUUGCAGUUAGAUCUUUUCUCUCGUAUAUUAAAUCUAGAACAACCUUAUCAUGUAUCUGUUGCUCAUGAAGAUAUGGACAAAUCUACAAACUAUUGUCGCAUUUUUACCGAACUAUCCGAAACCUUCUUAGAAACGAUCGUGAAUGGAAGUAUGAAUGGAAAGCAACAUUAUGCUAUUAAAUGUUUGGACUUUGCUUUGAUGUGUGUAGGCCAUCAUGACUAUGAAGUAGCACAAAUAACAUUUAACCUUUGGUACAGGCUGUCUGAAAUACUUUACCAAAGAAAUAAUGACGACCUUACGUUGGUUUUCAAGCCACAUAUCGAAAGGCUUAUUGGCGCCUUAUGUCGUCAUUGUCAAAUGGAACCAGAUCACCUCGGACUUAUCGAAGAUGGCGAUGGAUUUGGAGAAUUUCGAAUGCGCGUUUUCGAGUUGAUAAAAGACGUGGUUUUCGUUGUUGGAAGUAGUCAUUGUUUUAGACAGAUGUUUUCUACUUUAACUGGUGGACAUGGAACUCCAGGCCAAACUAGUGCACCUACAUGGGAUAUGACUGAAGCUGCUUUGUUUGUUAUGCACGCAGUGGCGAAAAAUAUUUUACCUGAAGAAAACGACGUAGUACCGAAAGUUGUGGAAGCUAUUUUGAAUCUGCCGGAAAAUACGCAUAUAGCUGUACGCCAUACAAGCAUACUUCUAUUAGGAGAACUUUGUGAAUGGAUCAAUAGUCAUCCUCAAUCGUUAGAGCCGAUAUUAAACUUCUUACUGAAUUGCUUAAGUCAAAAAGGACUUGGAAGUGCUGCAUCUAAUGCUCUACAAAGUAUUUGCACAGCAUGUCCCAAGCAUAUGGCAUCACAUUUUCAAGGACUUCUACAAAUUGCUAGAUCCCUAGAUAAUUUUGCCAUAAGUAACGAAGCUGCUAUUGGUCUUCUUAAGGGUGUUGCUAAAAUUAUGUCAAGCAUACCAAAGGGUGAAAUUGACAGGGCAAUGAAAGAACUCUGUUGGUUCCAAGCAAGGCCAUUAUGUCAAUUAAUUGAGCAAAGGGUACCUGUUGUGAGAGCAAGCAAAACCGAUCCUGUAUUGUGGUUGGACAGACUAGCUGCAAUUUUCAGACACACAGUACCGCACAUUGAUGACUGCAAUGACACUCAUCCAUGUCUAGGAGCAAUUAACGAGAUGUGGCCAGUUUUAUCCAAUACUUGUACAACAUAUCAACAAGAUCAGAGAGUAAUGGAGAGAUGUUGUCGUUGUUUGAAGUUUUUAGUACGCUGUCUUGGAAAACAGUCUGCGCAUUUAUUAGAACCCCUAGUGAAACAGAUUAUUCAGUUGUAUGCUGGACAUCAACAUAGUUGUUUCCUUUAUCUUGGUUCUAUUCUGGUAGAUGUAUUCGGUAAUGAUAUGGAGUACGUCUCUGGCCUAUUAGGUAUGUUGGAGGCUUUCCUUGGACCUACUUUUACAAUACUUCAAGAAACUGAUGGACUGAAGAAUCACCCUGAUACUGUUGACGACUUAUUUAGACUGUGUGCAAGGUUUUUACAAACUACGCCUGUACCGUUUUUACAUUCUACCAUGAUAAAUAGCAUACUAGACUGUGCUUUGAUGGCUUGCAGUUUAGAUCACAGGGAUGCCAAUGCAUCAGUUAUGAAAUUCUUUUUUGACUUAAUUCACAGCGGACGAAAUUCUGAAAACCGAUCAGACUUUACAAUAAGACGACAGUUAGUUCAAGAUAUAUUAGGAGAAAAGGGACAAGCAUUAGUUAUGAGACUUCUUCAUGCCGCUGUAUUUUCGUUAUCGACCUAUAUGAUGUCAGACGUUGCCGACGUAAUAGUUGAAUUAACUUUGACAAGUAGAGAGCACAUAUCACUGUGGUUAGAACAAGCAAUUCACCAAAUGCCUAUGGAGAAUGCGGGAGGUACCCCAGCAGCUACGCCAGAUCAACUUUUAGAAUUUCAUAGUACUGUUACUGGAGCCGACAAUCCAAAGACAGUAGUACACGCAUUACGGAACUUCACGCGUUUGUAUCGUUGAAUGAUAAGCGCUAAAUAUCGAGGAAAAGUGGUGUAAUCAAGAAAAAAAUGAAGGUUUACUUAUGAGAACAUUGGUAAUAUUCAUAAUUAAACAAAUUCGCAAUCAGUACAGACCAUACUGCUCUUAACAAGUAUUAAAAGAAGAAGUUAAAAAUUUUAUUCUAUACGGACAGAGGUAGUUUUGAGAAUCUAAGUGAACGAGGAUUGGAUUUUUUAUCGCAAGGAAAACUAAUUUCUUGUCUUUAUUAUGACUCUGCAAUAAGUUUUAUAUAUAUUUUGAGUUACUAAGAGUGGCAUGUGGCAUGUUUAUAUCUAAGAAGUGAAUGAUAUUGCGAGAUUUGCGUAUAUGUAUUAUACAAAUGUAAAAAAAUGCAAACAAUUGUUUGUCUGUGUACAUUGAAUCCUGUGAUGCCUGGCAAAUAGAUUAGUUAGGUAUAUUAUCGUCAUUUUUGACCAUUUUACAUCUGUUCUAAUGAAUUUCUUCAACUAAUCAUAAUCAAGACAAAUCAACUUUUAUAUGCGUUUAUGUAAGUUAUGAAACAUUUCUUUGUAUCACUUUUGAAAUACUCGCUCAUUGCUACAAGUGUAGCGCGUGGUUGUAAAUAUACAAACUUAAAAAAUGUUUUUUUUUUCUAAACCGAAAGGUUGGUCACAAGAGUGAAAUAUCAGUUAGAUUUGUUCAUCUCAUGUAAAGCCGAUCAGAAUAAAUAUUUGCAAUCGUGCAGAUGGUUUAUCGUGAAUUAAAUUAUCAUCGACUUUCGAAUUCAAACAAAAAAUGUAUGUUCGUCCGUUUUUAUGCAAGACUUUUUUUGACGAAAUAUUUUUCAUUCUCUAAUACAUAGAACGAGUUAAUGGCACUUAUACAAAAUAAUCUCUCAUGUGAUUUUACAUAUUUUAUGUAUGUACAAAAUAUGAACAAAUUUAAUAAAGUUAUAUUUUAUAAAAUAAA